UCUGUAGAAGACACUGUUAAAACUAACACAAAAAUGAGGAUUCUCAUCUGCUUCCUGUUGUUUUGCUUAGUUGGUACAUUGGUGUGUGAGUAUUCAGAGAAGAAGCAUGAAAAGGAAAAAGGAAGAAGAGUAAAAAGAUUUGCUAUCACUCUUCUUUUGGGAACUGCUCUUACUACCGGCGCCUCGCUAAUCGGAACCACAGUUACCGGAUUAAAAUCAUCUUCCUACCGUGUAUCUGUCUCUGGUUCAGUUGAGAAUUACAGCAAAUGGACAUUGAAACUCCAAACAUGUGAGAUUAAGUCAGGUUACAUGAACACACCUCUUCGAACCAUUGUUCCUGGUUACAGAGAAGGAUUUGCCAGUCACAAAACAAGUAAUACGGCAACAGGCUCCUACGUAAGAUGCACAUUUGACCCACUAAAUGGAGACUUGAUCCAUAUCAUGUAUUCUGCUCCGUAUUCAUUUGAUUUUCAUGCAAAUUGGCUAGGGUUUGCCAUUUGCCCAAAAAGUAGCUCGGAAUGUCGAUCAAUAACGGCUGACAAAAUGUACUACGAGAAGACAAGUUAUGCCAAAUUGAAAAAGUUUGCUCGGAGUAUUAGUCAACUACGUACUUGUGGCACUCACUUCUGCAUGACAGGAACGAUGGGAACCAGCCACAAACCAGAGUUGGAUAUCAGAGUCUAUCCAACAGAUUAUGAAAGGCUUUCUACAGCUGUGAAGAAAUCAUCUGCAAAAAACAGAUGGAGCAAAGGCGAUUACGAAACCUUUGUUAACAGCAUGUAAAAUCUGUAAAAAAUAUUACGUUGACUGAACUGUUUGUUUUUAUUCAUUUUUGACCCAGUUAGACCUGCACGUUUUGUCUCAUAAAUCCUUCUAAGGAUUGAGGUGCACACAGUGCUUUAGAUGUACCAUUAUCAAAAAUAAACUGGACUAAAAUGGUAAUUGGAACUAAUCUAAGUGCCAACUUUCAGAGGACU